UGAAUAUCCCAAACAUGCUGUGUAUGAGAAUAGCUGCGCAUGCGUUGAAAGAUGGGGAGCUUGUGUCCUGAAGGGAUAAAUAUUAGUGCCAAUUUUUUUUCUUGCGUGAUGUUGUAUUGAUAAUACUGGAAAUCUAUUCAAGGAUUUACUCCAAGAACUAAAUUAAUUUCUUGCUUAUCCGUAUAAGUGCUACCCACUGAAAAUAAUGGUUUUCAUAAAUGGGCUGGAAAUCGUGGUUCCGCCGAAUGAAGUUAUCGGAGCAGGAGAUUGUAUGCAAUGAGUGCUGGUUAUUUUCCUUUCCUUGUAUAACAUACAAGCAGCUUUAAAAGAGGGCUUAUGAAAGUGUUCUGGAUGAGAUUAUGGACUUUAUGAUAGAGGGUGUAUGUUUUGAAAGCCAUCGAGCUUUGAAACUUGGCUAUUAUCCAAUUCAUGACUAUAUGGUUAAUGAGCGACGAUUGGAACGUUAUAGGAGUAUGGUUAUGCCAGAAGAGGAAAGGGAUAUAUUUUUCAAUGAUCUUAAUAAUGAGAUACCAAUGUCAAUUUGUCCAUUCUGCUAUCAAAGGAAGGCUGCUCAUACUUUGGUGAGACAUAUGAACUUGUGCAGAAGGAUUAAUGAUAACUCUUUCGAUUGGAAUAUUCGCAGAAGGGAAAAUGAUGUAGAGAAUGAUAUCAAUAGGAGUAAUGUUGUUGAAAAUGGUGUUGUUAUGAAUGGUUUUGCUGCAGUUGCUGCUGCUGCCGCCGUGGAUAGUAUUGCUCGGAAUCGUUUUGCUGUGCAUCGCAUGGAGAAUGGUGUUUCUGAGAACGACCUUGCUACGAAUGGUUCUGCUACAAAUAAUGUUGCUGCGAAUCGCAGUGAAAUGGAUCGCGCUGCUUUGAGUCGCAUUUCUAUGAAUCGUAUGAUUAUGAAUCGUAUAGCUAUGAAUCGUAUUGUUUUGAAUCGUAUGGCUCUGAAUCAUGUUGCUUUGAGUCGUAUAACUAUGAAUGGUAUUGCUAGGAAUGAUAGGAUUAGUUUUGGUAGAAAUGAUAUUUUUGGGAAUGAUAUUAAUUGCACUAACAGGAAUGAUAUUGCUGGACAUGAUAUUCAAGAAAAUGGUACAGAUGAUGAAAGCAAUAGUGAUUAUGAGGAUUAUAAUGUUCAUGAAAACAUUCGUGAAGACAUUCGUGAUGAAGAAGAAGAAGAAGAAUAUGCUGAAGGAGAUGCUGCUGAUGAUGAUAGAGAAGAUGAUGAUGGUGAAGAAGAAGAAGGAGAAGAAGAAGAUGAUGAUGGUGAAGAAGAAGAAUCUACUGAUGGAGAUGAAGAAGAAGAAUAUACUGAUGAAGAAGAAGAGUAUGCUGAUGCAGAAGAUGAUAGUGAUGCAAAUAGAGAAAAUGUUAAUGAGGUUGAUCAUAUAAUUGUAGACUCUGUCAGAAGAUCAGCAGAAGAGAUAAUUGGAAGCUUUGCCAGAAGAUCAGCAGAAGAGAUAAUUGGAAGCUUUGCCAGUAGAUCAGCUGAAGAGAUAAUUGGAAGCUUUGCCAGAAGAUCAGCAGAAGAGAUGAUGGGAAGCUUUACCAGGAGAUCAGCAGAUAUUACAGUUGUAGACUCUACCAGAGGAUCGGCAGAAGAUUCAGGAUCUCCUGAUGAUCUGUCUACUCCAGAUUCGCCAAUUUCUGAUUAUGGAGGUUCUGAAGGUCCUCUAUCGCCAGAAGAACCACAAUUUAAGGCUUGCACAUCUUCAGCUCCACCACCUGCGAAUGAUGCAUCUUCAGCUCCACCACCUGUGAAUGAUACAUCUUCAGCUCCACCACCUGUGAAUGAUACAUCUUCAGCUCCACCACCUGUGAAUGAUACAUCUUCAGCUCCACCACCUGUGAAUGAUGCAUCUUCAGCUCCAUCACCUGUGAAGCGUGCAUUUUCAGUUCGAUCACCUGAUGAUGAUGAUCAUACAUGUCCAGGUCCAUCAUGUGAUUAUUUUGAAUUUCCAGCUGUUUCACCUCCAGAUAUGCGUACAGUUAGAGCAGUAAACCAACCUCCAGGUACACGAUUUGGUAAUCCUGAUUCUCCAGCUUUAUCAGCUUCCGCUUUAAGUCCAGUUCCACAAGAAGUCUAUAUGACGCCAGCUACAACACCUGAACAUCCUUUAUCACCAGCUUCACCACCCACAAAUGAAAUGUCAAGAGAGCAAAGGGAUUACCUUUCAAGACGUUGCGGAGUUAUUAAGGAAAAAAAUGGUCGGCCAUGUCUUAAAUCAAUGGAUUGUCCUAAGCAUUCAAUUGAAAUUCAGAGUGGAGAUAGCAAUUCCACUUAUGAAACUAAUCCUGAUGAUGAUGAUGAUGAUGUUGAUGAUAAGAAAUUAGAUUAUAGUAGUAGCGAUUAUGAUUCAUUGGAUUAAUGUCUUUCUUUGGCGAAAGAAUAUUAUAAAAAUGUUCAAUGCAUUUGUAUCUGUGUUUUGAAUCGUAGCACUAUAGAUUGAAAGAAAUUCUGUAAACAUUCUACAUCUGAUUUAUUGUGUUUUUUUUAUGUAUUUCUUUCAGUGAAGAAGCAAACUUUUAUAAAGGAAUACUUCACGAUGAUCGAGUUUUUAAAUGUAAUUGUGUUAAAAUGAAAAUAUUUAUAUUUUGAUCAUGUAGUAAUGUUGUCCCUACUGCACUUAUUUUUGUCUUGUUGU